GGGGCGGGUCGGGUCGGACUCGGCAGCGGCAGGGGGGGUUUGUUCUUCCUCUUUGCCAGUCUUGUAGGGAUCAUUCAGUCUGAAGAAAAGAAGGCUCAGAGGAGACCUCAUUGCUCUCUACAGCCAUUUGAAAGGAAACUGAUGAGCUUCCUCUUCUCCCAGACAGUCUAAAUAAGGAAAAAGCGGUUUCUUAGUAUGAAGAAAAGCAGAGGCCGGACAAGUCGAAAGAGAAGAAGAAAGCGCUUGCAGAAAUUUAUGUAUGGAGUCAACUGCAGUCACAAACUGGAAUACAUUAAACUUAAGAAGUGGCUCAAAGACAGAGGAUUUGGAGACAGUAGUUUAAGGCCAGCGCAGUUCUGGGGUACAGGAAGAGGACUGAUGACAACAAAAGCUCUUCAGGCAGGAGAACUGGUUAUUUCAUUGCCCGAAAAAUGCUUAGUCACCACCACCACUGUCCUUAACAGCUGUUUAGGAGAAUACAUUAUGAAGUGGAAGCCUCCUGUAUCUCCUUUGAUAGCACUGUGCACAUUUUUAAUAGCAGAGAAGCACGCUGGUGAGAGAUCUCUGUGGAAACCGUAUCUUGAUGUUUUACCCAAGACAUACUCUUGCCCAGUUUGUUUGGAGCAAGAUGUAGUACAACUUCUUCCUGAACCUUUGAGAAAGCAAGCUCAGGAGCAAAGAACAGCGGUCCAUGAGCUGUACAUGUCUUCCAAGGCUUUUUUCUCUUCUCUGCAAUCUUUGUUUGCUGAGAACACGGCAACUAUUUUUAACUACAGUGCCCUGGAGUGGGCUUGGUGCACUAUUAAUACCAGAACAAUAUACAUGAAACAUUCCCAGAGGGAAUGCUUUUCUCUUGAGCCAGAUGUUUAUGCAUUGGCACCAUAUUUAGAUUUGCUAAACCACAGUCCAAAUGUUCAGGUAAAGGCUGCAUUUAAUGAACAGUCAAGAAACUAUGAAAUUCAGACAAACUCACAGUGCAAGAAGCAUGAAGAAGUAUUUAUCUGCUAUGGGCCUCAUGACAAUCAGCGACUGCUACUAGAAUAUGGAUUUGUUGCCGUUGAUAACCCUCAUAGCAGUGUUUAUGUCUCAUCAGAUACUCUCCUAAAAUAUUUCCCACCACUGGACAAGCAGAAAAAUGCAAAACUUUCCAUUCUGAAGGAUCAUGAUUUAUUAGAAAACUUGACCUUUGGAUGGGAUGGACCAUCUUGGAGACUUCUUACAGCCCUCAAGGUGUUAAGUCUUGGAGGAGAUGAAUUUACUUGCUGGAGGAGAGCACUACUUGGUGAUGUAAUUUCAGCCAGAAAUGAACAGCAGGCUUUGAAUAUAACAACAAAGAUAUGCCAUUUUUUAAUAGAGGAGACACAGCAUGUCCUUCUGCAGGAAUUUUGAAGACUUUCAUUCCAUUUGUAUAAACUCCAGAUUUCCCAGAUGAAGAGGGACAAAGAGAACCUCAAAGAACAGCUGACUUUGGUAGAAGCACUACGCUUGGAAGAUCUGAAAAUACUACAAAAAUCAGCAGAGAUUCUUUGCAACUUGAACGUGACAACGAUUUGAUCCACCUGGAGCUGUGAUAACUGUGGCUGACUGGAUCUCAUUUGCUAUGGACAUGCCUUGCUCAACUGUUUUAAUGGACCUGGGCAGCAAAGAAUAAUGUAAAAGUCAUCGUAAAAUGCCCAGCUUAGUUUACAGGAUCACGUGGGCACCAAAGGCUUAUUUUGUUCUUUUCUGAUCUUCAGUAAUACAAAAGGUUAGCCCAAAGGGUAGGGAGGAGCAUAGGCAGCUUUCAUCACAUCUCAUCCAAAUCAUGAUUGCUUUGAGCGAAACAACUUAUGGGGUAAUUUGAGCAGCUCUAGGACUGGGACUCCAGCAAUCAGACCCUCUGAUCCAUGCCUGUGGGGCAAAGGCAUGGAUCAGGGGGUCAGGCAGACACUCCUCAGCAUAUAUUUUGAGUUCUGGCACUUGACAGAGAGAGAAAGGAGGGAGCUAUUUGUAUAUACCCAGAACUAAUCCUUUAUCUUUUCCCUGAGAUAUGUGCAGGUGCCCAAGAAUAAGUAGUUCGCAUAGUAUCAAUUCAUUAUGGGAGCAAUAAAUGUGGGCUAGAGCUGAGAUCAGCCCUUUUGUGACUGAUGCCAAAUUGUUCCCUGCGCAGUUUCAGUUCAUGUUUAUUGAACUUAAGGAAGGGAGAAUUUUUUCCUUUACUCUCAGUGCUUCCUCCAGACUCACUAGUUUGUGUUCUGACUCCUCCUGCUGGAAAUGAGAACAGAAAGGAUGUAUCAGUUUGAACUCUGUUUCUUAUUUGGAAGCCUGCCCAGAUGUUUCAUUCUAUUUUCUAUCAUUUCUGGUGAUGACACUGACAAAUGUUUUAAUCUUGCCUUCAAGGGGAUAUUCUCAUGAGCUACCUUUCUCUUAGUUCAACCUAAAUAAGGAGCUCAAGGUCCCUAUGUAGUUGAGGAGAAGGAAGCUUCUUCUAAGGGUGUUUCCAAGCAGGAUCCAUGUCUAAGCUUUAUAAACUUUGUAAUUGUUGUUGUCUUGUAAUUAUUUCCCUUUGUGUGGAGAUUCACAUUUUGUAGUUUUUCAUUAAUACUUUUAGGCUUUUUAAAGAAUUGUGCUUUUAAAGAAAGUUUAUUUUUGUAAUUAUAUGGAUUAGUUUUCUACGAGACUGUAAUCUAUUUUUUAAAUAAAUGAAAUCAUAUAUGGCGAUAAAGGCA